AUUGUUCUCCGCACCAGAAGCUGUGGAUGAAGACUGAGCUUCAGGACCUUGGACUGUGGCCUGGGUCUCGACCAGUGCGUCACGCAGGGAACGCAAUUUCACUCUGGCGUCUCCCUCCACAGCCGGAGCUCAUAGAUACAGUGGCUGACCUUCCAUCCCCAAAUUUCUUCCAGCUCCACCCCUUCUUUAUUUGGAAACCUGAGAGUGCUAUCAUGGUCAGGUUAAGAAACAAUUAUAUCUUGCCAUGUCUCCAUGGUUGCUUUCGUUCACAAGUGGUCUCUGCUGGUGUGGGCAGGCCACGAGUAAUUGUUGGCACCAGUGGUCAGUAUUACAUCCUGUCCUCACGACUGUGCUGCAGGGCUUGUCGCAGGAACUGGUUUGCUGACAAUCCACGAUGGCUGGAGAAACUGCCCAAAAGGUUUACCAACCUUCUCCCUGCUUUUCUUACAUACAAAAAGGCCAUCUGCAAGUCUGUUAUGGAUGAGCUCAGGAGGACUGGCAAAUCUCCAGCAGACAUGGCAAACCAAAUAAAUGAACUCAUGCACCUCAAGUACGAGCGAGCUCACCUGGCGUACCUCCAUGCCACAGAAUCGGUCUGGGAUUCUGAGGCAGGAGCUCAUGGACAGAGGACCAUUGGGCAGUUCCUGAGGAAGGAAAAUAAUCCAGCUCUAGUGGUGGAGUUGAAUGCAGCCUCCAGAAGAGUGACUGGUCAGGAGAAGUACCCUGCACUUCACCUCUCUGACAGAGACACUGGAGAGCGAUUUGGGCUUGAAUACAGAGAGCCAGGCUGCCGUCCAGUCCCUCUGAACUGGGACAAACACAAAACUCUGAGAAAAGAUGAACCGGCCACCCUUCAGCCCCCGUCCUCUCUUCCAAAACCUGUGGCUGCCCAACUUCAGGUUCCAGCAGCGGGACCCUUCUCCAGCCUGGCACCGCUUGGUGUGGCAUCCCCCGCACCAGCACCACCUGUCACCCACCCUUUCUCUGGUGCACCUUUAAAGCAGGAGUUAGCAUCAGAAGACACCCAGCAACCUACAACAGUCAUGGAAAUCUCUGAAGCUCUGCCUCUGCGGGCCUCACCAAGGAGUGCUCGCACUGGACCUAUAAAAACAGGUGGACGGGUUUUUGUGCUGGACCACACACGCUGGACACGACCCAUGAAAGACGCAAUAGAUGGUCUGUUGCAAAAGUACCAUGGGAAGAAGGACAUGCUGAAGCUUGUGGAUCAAGAUUAUGCAGACAUGGUCCAUCGCUCUGCUAAUGAUCCCAACAGCCUGCUGCAUCCCACAUCCAAGGUGCACAUAUCCCGGUAUGUGAAGCACUUGGCAAAACUUCUCAACACCAAGUCAUCUUUGAACAUAAGCCCAGAAAAACUUCUGGAGACUCAGCAGUUGUGGCACUCUUUAACUGAAGGCAGUGAAACAACUAGUGUCCCUGUAGUCACCAUAGAGCCUGCCGUGUUUAACCCGCCUCCUCCCGCCCCGUCUACACCACUGACACAAAUCUCAAUAGAGAAGAUUGUGGAGGGCAUCUUAGAAAGGCAACAGCAGCAGCAGCAGCCACAGCAGCAGCAGCCUGAGGGGAAAAAAAGGCAGACAAAGACUUGUCUUGCCUGUGGACAACCCAAGUCUCAAUAUGAGACAGAUGGAUCCACCGUCCAUUACUUUUACCAGAGAGGGCCUGUGCGCUAUUUCUAUUGUUCCAAGAAGGUGCAUCAAACUUAUGCUGCUGAGGGAAUCACUGACCCUAAAAUGCCCUUUGAGGAAUUUGCCCAGACAGACUUUUUCCAAAGGGAACUGGAUGAUACCAGGAAGAGGUCAGAGGAAAGGAUGGAGAAAAAGAGGAAAAGGCCAGAAACCCAACAAACAGGCCGCCUCUGCAGGUUCUGCCACAUGGACCUGAAACAGGGCCCAAAUAGCCCACAUGUUCACACAGGCUUCCCUGGAGUGGCAGGGAAAUAUAUCUACUGCCCUUCAAAAGUGCAUUCUCUGUACAGGGACAAGGGCAUGGCCAAGGAGAUGACCUGGAAGGAGUUUCAGGAGUCUCCUUUCUACGAGGCAGAGAGACAAAGAUGGGUGGAAGAAAAAAGGAAAUAG